CUUAAUGUGGUUUAUGAAAUGCGCAUACAUGCCAAGGAAGCGGCUUACAAGAAGCAGCUACUCUUAAAUUCAUUUUUUCAUACUCUUUUUGUGUUGCAGGUUGAAAAUGUGAAAUUACUAGAUCGCUAUACAAAUAGGAAGGCAGCAAAUGGGACGUUAUACCUGACAGCUACCCACCUCAUCUAUGUAGAUGCUUCUGCUGAAGUCAGAAAAGAAACAUGGAUUCUGCAUCACCAUAUUGCAACUGUAGAAAAACUGCCUCUGGCCACGGCUGGAUAUCCACUCCUUAUUCACUGCAAGAACUUCCACGUGGCUCACUUUGUUAUUGGGCAGGAACGCGACUGUCACGAAGUGUAUACCUCACUGCUUAAACUUUCACAACCAGUGAAACCUGAAGAGCUUUAUGCUUUCUCUUACAAUCCUAAAAUGUCUAAAGAGAACCGGGAGAUUGGUUGGAAGCUGAUUGAUUUAAAAGUAGAUUAUCAACGUAUGGGAAUUCCAAAUGACUACUGGGAAAUAACGGAUCUUAAUAAAGACUAUGAGGUUUGCAACACAUAUCCUCCAGAAAUAGUGGUGCCACGAGCUGCUAAUAAGGCAGUGGUGGUCGGAAGUUCAAGGUUCAGAAGCAGAGGGCGGAUUCCGGUGCUUUCGUACUUAUAUAAAGAAAACAAUGCGGCCAUAUGUCGGUGUAGCCAGCCGCUCUCCGGGUUCAGCGCGCGCUGUCUGGAGGAUGAACAAAUGCUGCAGGCCAUCAGAGAAGCCAACCCUGGGAGCCACUUCAUGUAUGUUGUAGACACAAGGCCAAAGUUAAAUGCCAUGGCCAACCGAGCUGCUGGGAAGGGUUAUGAGAAUGAAGAUAACUAUGAUAAUAUUCGCUUUAAAUUUAUUGGCAUAGAAAACAUCCAUGUGAUGCGGAGCAGCUUGCAGAAACUUCUGGAAGUGUGUGAAAUGAAGUCCCCCUCAAUGAGUGACUUCCUCACUGGGCUGGAGAACUCCGGCUGGCUACGGCACAUUAAGGCUGUGAUGGAUGCAGGUGUCUUUCUUGCCAAGGCUGUGAAAGAUGAAAAAGCUAGUGUGCUAGUGCACUGCUCCGAUGGGUGGGAUCGCACGGCGCAGGUCUGCUCCCUGGCUAGCCUCCUCUUAGAUCCCUUUUAUAGGACUUUUAAAGGCUUCAUGGUUCUGAUAGAGAAGGAGUGGAUUGCAAUGGGCCACAAGUUCUCACACAGGUGUGGCCAUUUGUGUGGUGACCCCAAAGAAGUAUCCCCCGUCUUCACGCAGUUCGCUGAAUGUGUCUGGCAGCUGAUGCAGCAGUUCCCGUGCGCGUUUGAGUUUAACGAGCGGUUCCUUCUUGAAAUCCAUGACCAUGUUUACUCUUGCCAGUUUGGCAACUUCCUCGGGACCUGUCAUAAGGAGCGUGAAGAUCUGAAAAUCUUUGAGAAGACCCAUUCUCUGUGGCCUUUCCUCUUACAGAAGAAGCAGGAAUUGAGAAAUCCUUUGUACAGAGGAUUCACAGCUUACAAAGAGCUCCAACCAAACACACUACCUUUCAGUUUCCAGUUUUGGUGUGGGAUGUAUAAUCGCUUUGACAAAGGAAUGCAUCCAAAACAGUGUGUGUUGGAUCAUCUGCUAGGCUGCAUGAGCCAGAAGGUGAAACUGGAGGACAAUGCAUCUGAAUUGGAAAAUAAACUUCCCUUCCUUGAUGGUUCUUUGCCCAGUGAAGCUUGCUCCUUAGCUAAAAUAGGACGUGCUGCUUCAAAAACACCGAUGCUCAACACUCCUCAGGAUUAUGAAGGAGAACCACCUCCUGUGCUGAGCAACGGUGCCGGAGUGGGGGAUAUAGAUGGUAUGUCCGAUGUGGACCAAAAGCACAGAGAGAACCUGUCUCAUCACCAGGACCUCCACGAUCUUAACAACACCAUUGACGUUUUAGACUCCAAAGCCAAGGAUGGAACGCCGCAGCACCACUGA